AUGUCAGCUUAUCCUUUUGGUUUCAAUGUCAUCAUGAUCUGUUUUCAGUGUCAGCAUGACCUGUACUCCCAAUGUCAGCCUAUAUUAAGUGUCGCCAUCUACACCAUCUGUCACAACCACCAUCUCCAUCAUCUGUCACAAUCACCAUCCCCACCAUCAAUACCAUCUGCCACAAUCACCAUCUCCACCAUCUGUCACAAUCCAUCUCCAUCAUCUGUCACAACCACCAUCUCCAUCAUCUGUCACAACCACCAUCUCCACCAUCUGUCACAAUCCAUCUCCAUCAUCUGUCACAACCACCAUCUCCAUCAUCUGUCACAACCACCAUCUCCACCAUCUGUCACAAUCCAUCUCCACCAUCUGUCACAAUCCAUCUCCACCAUCUGUCACAACCAACAUCUGUCAGAACCACCAUCUGUCACAACCACCAUCUCCAUCAUCUGUCACAACCACCAUCUCCACCAUCUGUCACAAUCCAUCUCCACCAUCUGUCACAAUCCAUCUCCACCAUCUGUCACAACCAACAUCUGUCAGAACCACCAUCUGUCACAACCACCAUCUCCACCAUCUGUCACAACCACCAUCUGUCAGAACCACCAUCUGUCACAACCACCAUCUCCACCAUUUGUCACAACCACCAUCUCCACCAUCUGUCACAUCCACCAUCUACACCAUCUGUCACAACCACCAUCUCCACCAUCUGUCACAACCACCAUCUCUACCAUCUGUCACAAUCACCAUCUCUACCAUCUGUCCCAAUCACCAUCUGUCACAACCACCAUCUCCACCAUCUGUCACAAUCCAUCUCCACCAUCUGUCACAACCACCAUCUCUACCAUCUGUCACAACCACCAUCUCCACCAUCUGUCACAACCACCAUCUCCACCAUCUGUCACAACCACCAUCUCUACCAUCUGUCACAACCACCAUCUCUACCAUCUGUCACAACCACCAUCUCUACCAUCUGUCACAACCACCAUCUCCACCAUCUGUCCCAAUCACCAUCUGUCACAACCACCAUCUCCACCAUCUGUCACAAUCCAUCUCCACCAUCUGUCACAACCACCAUCUCUACCAUCUGUCACAACCACCAUCUCCACCAUCUGUCCCAAUCACCAUCUGUCACAACCACCAUCUCCACCAUCUGUCACAAUCCAUCUCCACCAUCUGUCACAACCACCAUCUCUACCAUCUGUCCCAAUCACCAUCCACUAUAUAUGA